UGCUCACCUUGUGAUCAAAUUCAAUGAAGUGAUUAGAAGUGACCCCAACGCCCUGUGAUUGUAUAAGUACUGCACACAGCCUUCAUAACAUGCACUGAAGACCCGCAACAGUGUGACCACUCUCAGCUGUGUAGGAGGAAGCUGAUGCACAGCUCCAGGUUUAAGCAACAGGACUUAACAUGUUUACUCUCAGCUGUCUGUUGUUCACUCUGAUAGCGGGUGUGCUUAAUGUCAGGGGAUCCUCUGGAACCCAGAGCAAAGUGUCUAUAUCAGAUGCUCCUGUUGAGGUGGCUGACUACAAUAGCACCCUGUAUGCUACCUGUGAGAUGAAACCCAGCACCACAUUGCCUCUGAGUCAGCCAGAAAUCUACGGACAGGUGCUAUUCAAGCAAGUCUAUCCAGAUGGCCAAAUGCAGAUCAUAGUCAAUCUCCGAGGCUUCCCCACCACGGAAAGCGCUGAGCGUGCUAUCCACAUCCACCAGUUUGGAGACUUGAGUAAAGGCUGCAGCGCAGCUGGUCCCCACUUCAACCCUUUACAGCAAAACCAUGCCAACCACCCGGGAGACCUUGGCAACUUUGCUUCCAGCCAUGGUCAAAUCCGGAAGCUGGUGACAGCCAAAGCCACACUGUUUGGGACUGAGUCAGUGCUGGGACGUUCAGUAGUCGUCCAUGAGAGAGAGGAUGAUAUGGGCAAUGGUGGAGAUGAGGAGAGCCUAAGGAGUGGGAAUGCGGGCCAGAGAAUUGCCUGCUGUGUUAUUGGCCUGAGCAGUUCCAUCUUGUGGGAAAAAACAGCAGAGCUAAGCUGGGAAGACUCUAAACUCUAAUCAACAGCACUGUUCACCCAACUUCAGUGGCUUGUUUUUCUUAUCUUGAAAUCAGGUAGCUAAGAAUGCGCUGAUUCAAUAGAGAGAGCAAGUGCUGUUGCGUCACUUGAGAGAAAAUGUUAAGCUGUACUGAUCUGAUGCUAUAAGACUCUUGAACUUUGAUGAAAUACCAAAGUAGCUUACUUUCCUGAAUAAAUUUAUUCAUUAAA